AUGGCUAACGAAUAUGGGCCUCUGUCCAUUAUCAUCUCUGCCACGUCAGCCGUCGCAUCCGCCACGUCACCUCUCCGCCAGUUCAUCUGGUCGGCUGUGCGCCUUCAGCUUUUCCUCGCCUCCACCUGCCUUUCCGCCAUCUGCGCGCUUCCACUGCUACCCUUCCGCCUGCUCUCCGCCGCCCUUCGCGAGAACAAGAUGCGCGCAAGCCUAGCGGAGGCGCAGCAGCAGGGCGGGUACUGGCGCGAGGCGGCGGCGGCGCUGCAGCAGCGCGCGAAGCGGGAGGAGGCGGCGAGGGAGGCGAGCGAGGCGGCGGCGCGCGAGGCGGCGACGCGGCUGAGGAAGGCGCUAUCGCAGCGCGCGCAGCUUAAGGAGUGCCUCCAGCGCGCCGUGCGCGAGCUGGGCGAGGAGGCGGCGGCGCGGCAGGAGGCAGAGAGGGCGCUGGCGAGGGAGCGCCACCGCGGUGCGCGCCUGCAUGCCGACCUGCACGCCUCGAAAUCGCGCUGCUCUCAGCUCCAGGCUGACCUGGCGGCUGCCAGCCUGGCACUCGGGCGGCUGAGGGAAGAGCUGGCGGCGGCGACUCAGCGGCUGACGGCGUGCCAGGUGGCAGCGGAGGAGGCAGCAGCCAUGGAGGAGAGGCGAGGGGGGUUGAAUGGGGGGGAGGCGGUGUGGGGUGGCGGGGGGGGCGAUGAGCAGGAUGCGAGCAGGGGCAGGGAGGGGAGAGGGCAGAGGGGAAGGCGUGGGCGUGGGGGUCAAGUGGGGGGGACGACGAGGGUGUUUCAGGGGCGGGGAGAGGAGGUGUGGCAGGGUGAGGAGGAGGGUGAGGGAAGUGAGGGAACUACGUCUGCAUGCACCACCACCUCCUCCGGUUCACACGCCCCCACUGCCACGCCACCCCCCUCACAUCGCUCCUCCUCGCCUGCUCUCCCCCCAUCACAACACCCCCAGCCCCACGCGCUGGCCCUCGCCACGGAGCCCCUGUUGUGGCGGGCAGCCCUCAAGUCCACUGCGGCUGCACUGCUGCUCGCCACGCUGCUGGCGCUGCUCGCCUGCAUGCAGCCGCAUUGCUGCCCGCCCGCCCUCCUCACGCUGCUCGCCCUCACUGCCCUCGCUGCGCUGCUCUCCGCACUCGCCCUCGCCCUCGCCAUGCCCUCCCGCCGCCCCUCUGCCUCGCCCGCUCUCUCCCCCACCUCCUACCGCGCUCGCAUGGUGGCAGAAGCAGCGGUGGCAGCGGUGCCGCUCCUCUGCACCUGCUGGUUCGCCCUCGGCCUCCUCCUGCACUCCAUGCCCCCCUGGCCUGCCGUCUCAAAGGCACUCUACUCGCAUGCCCCCGCCUCGCUGGAACGUGCAGUCUCAAGUUUCUGGUUUUCUCCCUGCAGUGCUGCUCGCCCAUAA